AUGGCAUCCAGUAUUUAUCGUAAGCCUCCAGUGUGUCUUAUUAAGGAUUUUGAAAAGCGGCCUUCCGUCACACACCUCCUCGACCACCCAUUUAUUAAAGGAGUCCACGGGAAGGUUUUGUUUCUGCAAAAACAGCUGGCCAAGGUCCUCCAAGACCAGAAGCACCUAAACCCUGUUGUUAAAACCAGGCAUGAAAGGAUGCAUACCGGAAGACCCUAUCAUGUGGAAGAUGCUGAAAAAUACUGCCUUGAGGAUGAUUUGGUCAAUCUAGAGGUUCUGGAUGAGGAUACAAUUACUCAUCAGUUGCAGAAGCGUUAUGUGGACUUGCUGAUUUACACCUAUGUUGGAGACAUCUUAAUUGCCUUAAACCCCUUCCAGAAUCUAAGCAUAUACUCUCCACAGUUUUCCAGACUUUAUCAUGGAGUGAAACGUGUCUCAAAUCCCCCCCACAUAUUUGCAUCAGCAGAUGCUGCUUACCAAUGCAUGGUUACUUUCAGCAAAGACCAGUGCAUUGUCAUCAGCGGAGAAAGUGGCUCUGGGAAGACAGAAAGUGCCCACCUGAUUGUUCAGCAUUUGACUUUCUUGGGAAAGGCCAAUAAUCAGACCUUGAGAGAGAAAAUUCUGCAAGUCAACUCCCUGGUAGAAGCCUUUGGAAAUGCAUGCACUGCUAUCAAUGACAAUUCCAGCCGAUUUGGAAAAUAUCUGGAAAUGAUGUUUACACCAACUGGAGCUGUGAUGGGGGCAAGAAUCUCUGAAUAUCUCCUUGAAAAAUCCAGAGUUAUCAAACAGGCAGCGGGAGAGAAAAAUUUUCACAUAUUUUACUAUAUUUAUGCUGGACUUUAUCACCAAAAGAAGCUUUCUGAGUUCAGACUUCCUGAGGAAAAGGCUCCUAGGUACAUAGCUGAUGAAACUGCAAGGGUGAUGCAUGACAUAACUUCCAAGGAGUCUUAUAGAAGACAGUUUGAAGCAAUUCAGCAUUGCUUCAGGAUUAUAGGGUUCACUGACAAGGAGGUGCACUCAGUGUACAGAAUUUUGGCUGGAAUUUUGAAUAUUGGAAACAUUGAGUUUGCAGCUAUUUCCUCUCAACAUCAAACUGAUAAAAGUGAGGUGCCCAAUGCUGAAGCUUUGGAAAACGCUGCCUCUGUUCUCUGCAUCAGUCCCGAAGAGCUCCAGGAGGCACUCACCUCAUACUGUGUGGUCACCCGGGGCGAGACUAUCAUCCGCACCAACACCGUUGACAGGGCUGCGGACGUCCGAGAUGCCAUGUCCAAAGCCCUGUAUGGGAGGCUCUUCAGCUGGAUUGUAAAUCGCAUCAAUACACUCCUGGAGCCUGAAAAAAACAUUUGCAGUGCAGUCAAUGGUAUGAAUGUGGGGAUCUUGGAUAUUUUUGGAUUUGAGAACUUUCAGAGAAAUUCAUUUGAGCAGCUCUGCAUAAAUAUCGCCAAUGAGCAAAUCCAGUACUAUUUCAAUCAGCAUGUUUUUGCUCUUGAGCAGAUGGAAUAUCAGAAUGAGGGCAUUGAGGCUACACCCGUGGAGUAUGAGGACAAUCGCCCACUCUUGGAUAUGUUCCUCCAGAAACCCCUGGGACUGCUUGCACUUUUGGAUGAGGAAAGUCAGUUUCCCCAAGCAACUGAUCAGACCCUAGUUGAUAAAUUUGAAGAUAAUCUACGAUGCAAAUACUUCUGGAGGCCCAAAGGAGUAGAGCUGUGCUUUGGAAUUCAGCACUAUGCUGGAAAGGUAUUAUAUGAUGCUUCUGGGGUUCUUGAGAAAAACAGAGACACUCUCCCUGCCGAUGUGGUUGUAGUCCUGAGAACGUCGGGAAACAAGCUUCUUCAGCAACUCUUCUCAAUCCCUUUGACCAAAACAGGUAACUUGGCCCAAACAAGAGCCAGGAUAACAGCCACCUCAAGAUCUUUGCCUCCACAUUUCAGUGUUGGGAGAGUCAAGGUGGACACUCUGGAGGUGAUACGGCAUCCAGAAGAAACCACCAAUAUGAAGAGGCAGACCAUGGCUUCUUACUUCCGGUAUUCUCUGAUGGAUCUACUCUCCAAAAUGGUGGUUGGACAGCCCCACUUUGUGCGCUGCAUCAAACCCAAUGAUGAUCGAGAGGCGCUGAAGUUCUCCAGAGAGAGAGUGCUGGCCCAGCUCCGCUCCACGGGGAUCCUGGAGACGGUCAGCAUCCGCCGGCAGGGGUAUUCCCACCGCAUCCUCUUUGAAGAGUUUGUGAAAAGGUAUUAUUACUUGGCAUUCAGAGCACAUCAAACACCUCUUGCUAGCAAAGAAAGCUGUGUUGCUAUCUUGGAAAAGUCCAGACUAGAUGACUGGGUGCUGGGGAAAACAAAGGUUUUUCUCAAAUAUUACCACGUGGAGCAGUUAAAUUUGUUACUGCGAGAAGUCAUGGGCAGAGUGGUUGUGCUGCAGGCAUAUGCCAAGGGGUGGCUUGGAGCCAAGAGAUACAAAAGAGUCAGAGAGAAGAGAGAGAAGGGAGCUGUUGUCAUCCAGUCAGCCUGGAGAGGAUAUGAUGCUCGGAGGAAAUUUAAGAAAAUAAGCAACAGAAGGAGUGAGUCUGCUGUUCAUAUUCAAGCAGUUCUGAGGGGCUCUGUAGAUCAAAAAAGGAGUCCACAAGCAGAAUCCAACAGUGGCCAUACAGAGACUUCAAGCAACUCUCCUGCUAUCAUUGAGAAAACUCGGUAUUCACAAGCUCGGAGUUCUCCCAAAGGGUGUGAUGUCUUCGCAGGACAUCCAAAUAAGGUAGCUGAACAUCUUGAUUCUGAAGUAACUGUGUAUCCUUAUUUCAGACUCGUCCAAGUCCACGGCUGUGAAGCCUGUCUGUGGCUGCUUGGUCGGGCCAUCCAAACAUGA